ACAUUUAGGGUUACCUACCCAACCCUGCCUUUAGGGUACUUUUUUACCACAUCACACAGUAGGCUACAACUCCAGUGUACUGUGCAGUAGGCCUAUUUGCAAAUGGCACGCAACAUAUCCAAGAAAUUGGAUUGUAGUAGACUAAUCAGUGGAUUGAUUCAGGGACACCACAGGCACCUUUUAUAGUCUACAUGAAUAUUGGAGUUUAAAAACAAUUUAAAGUAUGCGAGGGCUUUCCUUGGUGUAUGUCGCGUAUCUCUAGCUCCCCUGUAGGCUUGGGUUACCAAAGCGCAUUGAAAUAAAGGGAGCCGUCGAACCAGUCUGGCUACUACUCUCUCUCCGGCACGGAAACUGGUUGCUGUUGGAAUACGGCACAACCAAAUUAUUUCAUUUCAAGGGAGACACAUUUACUUUACAUUCGGGCGUUCGUAAAGCCUACUACACAGGUGAAGAAAUUGAAAGUUGUGACACGCCCAACCUCUCAUCAUAGCUGCGCCCGAGAUUAUCGUGAAUUUAUUUGGAAUGCAGUAGCUCUGGAAAACAAUCAGAAAAAGAGUGUGAGGGAGGGAAAAAGAGCAAGACCAUGGCUCAGAUUAAACUGCAGAAUGUGGAGGACUACUAUGAGAUUGGAGAGGUUCUUGGCAGUGGUCACUUUGGGCAAGUGCGUGCGGUGCUGGAGCGGGCAUCCGGGGUCCGCUGGGCGGGGAAGUUCCUGAAGCUGCGUCGGAGCGCCAGUAGUCGCCUGGGCCUGGAGAGGAAGAGUGUGGAGAGGGAGGUGGAGAUACUGCAGAGCCUGCAGCACGCCAACGUCAUGGCCCUCAGGGACGUGUUUGAGAGUCGCGCCGAGGUGGUGCUCAUCGUGGAGCUUAUCAGUGGUGGGGAGCUGUUUGAUUUCAUAGCAGAGAAGGAGAGCUUGUCUGAGGAGGAGGCCAUAGAGUUCCUGAAGCAGAUCCUCAAGGGAGUUGGCUUUAUGCACACUAAGAACAUUGCMCACUUUGACCUCAAGCCAGAGAACAUCAUGCUGGCAGACAAGAUGAUGCCACACCCCCACAUCAAGAUCAUUGACUUUGGACUGGCCCAUCGCCUCAAACAGGGGGAGGAGUACAGGUGCCUCUCUGGGACCCCACAGUACAUCGCCCCUGAGGUGAUUAACUACGAACCCCUGAGCGAGGCAGCCGACAUGUGGAGUAUUGGUGUGAUAACCUACAUAUUGUUGAGUGGUUUGUCCCCCUUUCAAGGAGAUAAUGACGAAGAGACACUAAAGAACAUCGUGGGGAUGAUCUAUGAGUUUGAAGAGACCUAUUUCAACCAGACCAGCGCCAUGGCCAAAGACUUUAUUGAGAAACUGCUGGUCAAAGACCCAAUAGAGAGAAUGACAGCGAAUGAAUGUCUAGUACACCCUUGGAUCAAGCCCCUCACGCGUAAACAGGCGGCUAACAGAAGUCGAUCAUCCAUCAACAUGAAAAGCUUCAAGAAGUUCAACGCCAAGAGGAAAUGGAAGAUGUCGUUUAACAUGGUGUGGGCGUGUAACAGAUUAUUUCGCCUGCAGUUGCAGUGUAAAAGCAGGUCGCAGGAGGACCCGGAACUGAGGCAGUGUGAGAGCGACCAGGAGGACACGGAGACCAAGCCUGCUUCUCUCAUUCGCCGCAGACUCAGCAGCAGUUCCUAAAUAAGACCACUGGGGUCACUAACACAGCCUCAGACCACCUCUAUCCAUCCCACCAUGGGGAAAUGGAGAGAAGCCUUUUGUGAGUGAUGCACCGGUCAACAAUACUCUGAGUUACAGAAUGACUGACUAUGGCAGUGACAAUACGCGUAACGAACACGUGAUGUGCAGGUGCCUAAAGCCAGUGUUAGUCCACAGAGUUGAAUCUUAAUGUCUCAGACUUUGUUCCUGAUAAAACCAGUGUAGUUUACAAACCUCUUCUGUUGCUCUUCACGCCCAUUUGACCUAGGUGUAGCCAUUUUCUGAAAUGUAUUUGUCUGUGCCUUUUAAGUUUGACGCAUUUAUUUUCUGAAAAUGCCAAAACCUUUGUUUAGGUUUGAUCGUUUACAGGAUAGAGUUUGUCCCACUUAUAGCUAACCUCAAUUGCAAUUAUUCUGCCUUACAAUAUUAUGUGGUUAUUAUUUAGCCUCUGACACAUGUUCUGAUAUUGUUGACUGCUGUAUGCCUAUCAAAGGUCAAGACUUUUCCAAACUGAUUUUAUUUAAUUUUCUUAGACAUAUGCAUUUUAUACAAUUAACUAGAAAAAGUACUUGGUAACAUACAUUAUUUGAUUGUGUCAUAAUUUUGAUAUCAUAAGUUUAUACAGAGCUACUGUACUAUACACAGUUAUAGCCAUGUUUGAUAUUGUUUGACACUGACAUGUGUAAUGUAGUCUUAGUGUGUAGAGCCCUUAAAAGCCUUACCAAACAUUAUCUUAGAUAUACUUUAUUGAACAUUUCAACUAUCUUUGGSUUAUGUCAAGGGUCAAAUUUAUAGUUGUGUUUUUUAAAUGGAAAGCUAUUUUAUAACCUUGUGUAGGCUUGUUUUUUUAUAUAUAAUAAUGAGAGUUUAAUACUGACAACCAAGUUUUGUGUGAUGGUGAAUAAAAAAUGUUAGUCUAUGAUGUUAAAGCUAUUACAGUAUAUACAUUUGUUACUUUGAAAGCCCACAAUUUUAAAAAGACAGCAGACUAUU